AUAAUAAUAAUAAUAAAAGAAGAAGAGAAGAAGAAAAUCUGUCUUUCCUUUGCUCUGCCCCUUUCUUCAUAGGAGAGAGUAAUGAAGGACCCCAAUCUGUAAACGGGGCCGUUGAAACGCAAACGCCGUUACGAUACUCUUUCUACCCCGUUUAGUCAGUCCACUUGUUUCUUUUCAAAAGCGACUUUUCCGCGUAUGGCGCUUGAGGGGUUGAGCUUGGCUCGGGCGCCGGCGGAGGCGGAGACGGAGGUGGGUGGGGGGCGUUUGGUGGCCGCCGCCGCCGUGAACGGCGGCGGCGGGGGGGAUGACGGGAGCAAAGCGCCGAGGUUGCCUAGGUGGACGAGGCAGGAGAUUCUUGUGCUUAUACAGGGGAAGAGAGUGGCGGAGAGCCGGGUGAGGCGGCGGAGGACGGCGGGGAUGGAAUUCGGGUCGGGGCAGGUGGAGCCGAAGUGGGCGUCGGUUUCGUCGUACUGUAAGAGGCACGGGGUGAACCGGGGGCCGGUUCAAUGCCGGAAACGGUGGAGCAAUCUGGCCGGGGACUAUAAGAAGAUUAAGGAGUGGGAGUCGCAGAUACGGGAGGAAACGGAGUCGUUUUGGGUCAUGAGGAACGAUUUGCGGCGGGAGAGGAAGCUUCCCGGCUUCUUCGACCGCGAGGUUUACGACAUCCUCGACCGCGGUGACGACGCCGUAGCCGCCGCCGCCGCCGAGGAAGUCACCGGAGCUUUGGCUCUGGCUUUAGGCCCAUCGGUUGCGCCCGGUACCGACGACCCGGACCCGGAAACCUUGUUCGACAGCGGUAGAAGCGCCGCGGCUGAUGAUGGGCUGUUUUCGGAUUUUGAGCAAUCGGGUCAAGAGGAGGCCGGUGUUGCCAGUCCCCGGAAGGAUUUGCCGGCGGCGGAGGAGGUUCCACCCACCGCUAUUCCUGCUCCAAUUCCGAUUUCAGAGCAACAAUACGAACCCUUCUCUCAAGAAACUCCUGCUCAAGAAAAUGAACAAAUUUGCGGUUGGUUUUCUCCGCCUUUUCCUGAUAUUGGCUUCUUUUUAGGCACGAGCCAUCAGAAACAAGCCGCCUCGGAGCCCGAUUUGAGAAGCGGUCAGGAAGGAAGGAAAAGAAAGCGCAACAUGACCGAUACAGAUGCAGAUGCAGAUGAAGAAUCAGAGAAUCUGCAGCACCAGCUCGUGAAGGCAUUAGAGAGGAACGGGAAGCUACUGAGCUCCCAGCUCGAAGCGCAAAAUGCACAUUUGCAGCUCGACAGGGAGCAGCGUAAGGAUCAUGUGAAUAGCCUAAUAGCAGUUCUUAAUAAACUUUCGGAUGCCUUGGGGAGGAUUGCGGAUAAACUGUAGAGGAGGAGAGAAACGAAGAGAUUUGGCUUGUCAAAUCAAUGCGGGAUACAGAUAAUUCGCCUCUUAAAUAGUUUAAAUUACUGAAUAUAUAUUAUAUAUACACAUAUUCUUUUCCUCUUUGGUACAUUCUGAGGCUAUAGUUGUGUUAGAAGAUAGAGCUAUACAAACAAAUAAUAUAUAUAGAAAUUUGAGGCAGCUGGCAAUUUUUCUUCCCCUACUUUGUUUAUUUAUCUUACAGAAGAAUUGUCCCUGGUUUUGUCAUGACUGUGUAGUGUGUACAGGUCAAACAUAGAUAAUUUAAGUUGUGCAAUUUAUGGGCUUCCAUAUUA